CAAUUCUGUGUCCCUCAAGUAACAAUUCUGUGUCUGUCCCUGAGUAACAAUUCUGUGUCCCUGAGUAACAAUUCUGUGUCCCUCAGUAACAAUUCUGUGUCCCUCAGUAACAAUUCUGUGUCCCUGAGUAACAAUUCUGUGUCCCUCAGUAACAAUUCUGUGUCCCUCAGUAACAAUUCUGUGUCUGUCCCUGAGUAACAAUUCUGUGUCCCUCAGUAACAAUUCUGUGUCCCUCAGUAACAAUUCUGUGUCUGUCCCUGAGUAACAAUUCUGUGUGUCCCUCAGUAACAAUUCUGUGUCCCUCAGUAACAAUUC